AUGCCGUUUGGUUCUGGGCGCUAUUUGCACAACCGCAGACGUGUAGCCGGGAUUAGUGAGCCAGUCCGGCUCCCUGAGACCGCCAGCACGCCAGCUAUGGUCAGAGGAUCGUCCGAAAACAUCGAUGCUCACACAGUGGUUGCGUGCCCCGGCCUGCGAGCAGGUGAUGCAUGGAGGGAAGGUCGGGGUGAGGAAACGGCGGAAGCACCUGCCUAUAAUUCGUGCGAACAAUAA